AUGAAACGUGUAAGAAAAAUCGGUUUUGAACUGAACCUAGACAAGACGAUGUUUAUGAAAAACGGAUGGGUUUCUGAUGCCCCAUUCACGCUCAACGGAACGAACAUAUCCGAAUGCUCCAGCUAUGUAGAUCUAGGUCGGGAAAUCAACAUGAUGAACGACCUGACCUCCGAGCUGGGCAGAAGGGCACGAGCAGCUUGGGAAGCAUUCAAGAGCAUCGAGGAUGUAGUGAAGAGGACCAAGAACAUCCGGCUCCGCGCUCACCUAUUCAGCACCACCGUUCUUCCUGCUUUGACCUAUGCUUCGGAAACCUGGGCAUUUCGCAAGCAGGAAGAAAACGCGGUGAGCGUCAUUGAACGCGCAAUUGAGAGAGUGAUGCUAGGAGUAUCCCGCUUCACGCAAGAGAGGGACGGGAUUCGAAGUCCUCUCCUAUGUCAACGAUCGAAGAUUAGAGACACCGCUACGUUUGCCAAGGAAAGUAAAAUAAGGUGGGCCGGACACGUGAUGCGCUUUAAUGACAACCGUUGGAUCAGAGCCCUGAGCAACGGGGUUCCCGUGAUAUUAAGCACUACCGGAAGACCGCCGACCCAAUGGUCAGAUUUCUUCACGAAGUCCUUCGAAGAAAAUUACGAUCCUUUUCGUGUGCUAUGCGAAGAGAGGAACCACUGGCCGACUCUCGCACGCGAUAGGGACAAAUGGAAGAAUUACUGGCGCCCGCUCGACCGGUUUGAAGAUCAACGAGAGUCAAAGUGUCUUUUUUCGCGGGCUGGUUCAAGUUCUUCACGAAUUGCAUGGAAACGGUCUUAG